CAGCCAGUUGUAAGUGCAGAGAUAAAGAGUCGGUGCAUAGAACGCAUCAUUUUUUUAUCAUUCUUACAAAAUGCUUGUGCCUUUACUAAUCACCUUCCUAUUUACUUCAAUGUUCUGUACAUUUACACGCUUGAAUGCUGACCUGUACUCCAAAUUCUAAGCCAAUACCAUCUGUAUAUAAAUAUUCCUGAUUUCUUUUACUUCUUAGUGCUCUUGUUUCAAUCAUCCGCUUCUUCUUCACCAUUCUCUCUAUACCACAUUGAUUUUUCUCAUUUGACAUUUUCAUCAGCUUCAUAAUGUCUCUCUUUCUUUGCUUUAGCUUUCUUCUUUUUCUUAUCUCAUCUGUAACUGCUUGUGAUCGCUGUGUGCACCAAACUAAGGCUGCAUAUUUCUCCAAAGCUUCUGCACUUAAUUCUGGGGCUUGUGGAUACGGUUCCUUGGCACCAGGUUUCAACAGUGGACACCUUGCAGCUGGUAUUCCUACUCUUUACAAAGAUGGGGCUGGUUGCGGUGCCUGUUUUCAGAUAAGAUGCAAAGACAAUACCCUUUGUAGCAGUAAAGGAACUACAGUGAUCAUGACUGAUCUCAAUCACAAUAACCAGACAGAAUUUGUUCUGAGUAGCAGAGCUUUCAUGGCCAUGGCCAACGAGGGAAUGGGCAAAGACAUUCUAGGACUUGGGAUUGUCGAUGUGGAAUAUAAAAGGGUGCCUUGUGAAUAUAGAAACCAGAAUUUGGGUGUGAGAGUAGAAGAAUCAAGCCAAAAACCAAAUUACUUGGCCAUCAAAUUGUUAUAUCAAGGUGGUCAGACAGAAAUAAUAGCAAUUGAUGUAGCUCAGGUUGGUUCUUCAAAUUGGGGUUAUAUGAGCCGAAACUAUGGGGCGGUGUGGGACACGAGCAGAGUUCCGGCGGGGGCUCUGCAAUUCCGGUUUGUAGUAACAGCAGGAUAUGAUGGGAAGUGGAUUUGGGCAAAGAAUGUUCUUCCUGCAGAUUGGAAACCAGGAGUUGCAUAUGACUCAGGAAUUCAAAUUACUGAUAUUGCACAAGAAGGUUGCUCUCCAUGUGAUCAUGGGGUUUGGAAAUGAGGCAAAUAGAUAGAUAAUACAUUAACUAAUAAGGCUUGAUUUGUGAUUCAAAACAUAACACAUGUAGAAAUAAUUUUCUUCACAUUGAAUACUAAUGUAUUUCCUUUCUCUAUAUGAUGUGCCUACAUUUCUCCUUUGUUCUUGUAGAGGAUUUACGAUGUAUCAUCUUCAUAAUGUCUAAAAUAUUUGUUUUACUCUCACAAUAAACAAAAUGUCCUUCAAUUC